AAACCGGCACAGGUAGAGACGGACUCAAAGUUGCUGUCGCUGUCUUAAAAUUUUAUCCCAUACCAUUGGAGCUUUGAAAGAACUAGAGGAUAGAUAUGGCAAACAAAGCUACCCCGCUUCUUCGGGCACUCGUUGAAAUAUCGGAGCUACAGUCUUUUAACGUUUUAAGAAGAAGUUCAAAUAAAGCCAGUAUCAGACAUCUGAGUUCAUGUGGUGUCCUAGCAACACGACCUGUCAGCUUGCCUCCCACCCCUGUGACCUCGCAGGUCAUUCUGAGUCGUAGCUUCAUCAACUUGGCUGCCCCGCUUGUGGCACGCAGGAUGGAGUACUCAGAGAGCCGAACUCUGGGGUACUCCCCGGAACAGAUGUACAGUGUGGUUGCUAAUGUGGACCAGUACCAGCAGUUUGUACCUUGGUGCAAAAAGUCAAAAGUCAUGAAGGGAAAGAACGGCGGGGUUGUUCGGGCCCAGCUGGAGAUCGGGUUUCCGCCCAUAGUCGAACGUUAUGUCUCUGAAGUCACGGUCGUUCCCAACCAUCAAGUCAGGGCGGUGUGUACAGAUGGGUCACUCUUCAAUCAUCUGGAGACGAUAUGGAGGUUCUCGCCCUGUUCUCCAGACCAAGGGGACUCCUGCAAUGUGGAAUUCUUUGUGUCGUUUGAAUUCAAGUCACUGCUCCAUUCCCAGCUGGCGACGAUGUUUUUUGACGAGGUUGUGAAGCAGAUGGUUAACGCUUUCGAGAUGCGGGCGGCCAAAAUGUACGGAGCUCACGCGUUUUCGGAGGAGGCCCAGGUCAAGAGGAGAGCUGUCUGAGGCCAUCAUACACCCCGCCCCGCCCCGCCCCGCCCCUCCCCUCCCCCCAACACAUGAAAUCUGAUAACGUCGGAUUACAUAUUUCAAAGCACAUACACCCAUCGCUGGUGCAAAGAAGGCUGGUUCUUCUCUUUCAGCGUCUCUGUCAGAUUUGAACUGCUGCUAAUUACACACACACACACAAGCAAAUACAUACACAUAUUUUAUUUACACAAAAACCUUAUUUAUUGAAAUCAUAAGAGACCUAAUUUAUUUUACUUGAAUGUAAAUAUUAUUUUAUUUUUCGUGGGGACGGUGAGAGAAAAAAGAGUCGUAAUGACUGUUAAAAUGUGCGAUGUCUGUGUAGAUGGAUUUUUGUUGUCUUACAUAUUUUGUGACCAAGUGACUGAACUUUUCCACUAUCUUAACCUUAAAGGAAAGAUUUACCCAAGUUAACCUUACGUUUUAUCUAUAUAUCUAUAAAAGAAUUCUAUGGAAUUGUUCAGAGUUUGUGUAUG